AUGUCGAAUGAAGAGGUCGAGGAGAAGUGCAUCUGCCAAAUCUGUCAAUGCGGGUAAGUCCCUUUUUUGGAAUUAUUUGAUCCAAAUUCAACUUCCAUUGAUCAAUUUUCAGGAAGACCAUUGCAAAUUUUUUGAAAAAAAAAACUGGUUACGUCCGGAAAUUGGAUUAUUCGAUAAAACCUUAACGAACAAAAAAAACAUCAACAUAUCCAUAAAUAUAUCUUUUUUGGUGUAAAAAGAAAUCAAUUGAUACAGACAACACAAAUGCGAACACGUCGACGCAGAUUUCGCAAUAGCUGGUGGAAUCGGCGAAUCCAAGAGCGAAUAUGCGUCGCAGUACCCGGCAAAAUACGCUUCUAGGUUUGCCAAUUUCCAAACCUGCAAAUAUUGUUCUUUAAAUGGCUCAUCCAGGGCUAAAACUGUAAAUGCUGCACCUGCCAACGUUACAAGCGACGCGUUCGACGCAACAACCACAAAUCGUACCGAUUUCAAUCUAAAACAGGUUCAGAUUUUUUUUUUCAAUUAUUCGACACUCAUUGAACAAAAAGAAGCAGAUGUUAAAAACCGCAAUUUUAAAAUUUGAAAUUUGCUUUCCGUUACACCUAAAUCUCGCUAGAAACAAUAGGCAACAGAAAUUUCGCCCCUUCAGAUUUAGGUAUAAAGCAACUGUAAGAAGUAGCUGACCUCAAGUCGUAAAGUCGAACAGAAUUCAAAACUCUCUUGGCUUCUCGAACAACUGUUCAGAGCUCACGUCCCCUGCCAUACCGACGGGAGGACGAACUUCUUCAAAGCGGCGAGUUCCACUCCAGCACCACCAAUCGAGCCGACUACCAACCUAAAGCAGUAGUUGGAACCAGUCACUCAAGGGCUAACUACUUUUGAAGAUUAUCCGAGAUCAACCCGUACGUCUGAACUCCGCCGGACUUCCGGGUGGCGAGUUUUAUGACUCUACCACACAGAAAGCUGAUUAUGGACGGAAGCAGGAACGAAAAUAAAGGACGACGGUUAUAAGAAAAACAAUUUAGGGAGAGCGACAAGGAGCUGUCAGGCCGGCCACUCAACAAUACCUCCAGCAAGACUCGUUCAAUGGAACCACAACCAACAAAGCUGACUUUAAUCGUAAAAUGGUUUUCUUUAUUUAAAGAAAAAUAUCAGGAUGAAAAAUGAUAUCAGGGUGAAAGACAAGGAGCCAUCAGACCUUCUACACAGCAACAGCUUCGGCUGGAUCCUUUCAGUAGUACAACCACUAACAAAUCGGACUUCAAUCUGAAAGAGGUUCAGCGUCGUGAAAAAAUUAAAUUUUUUUCUAUUGAGGCUGUUCCGCGAGAGCAAGUCCGACCUGAUGCUCAACCGUAUUUCCAAAGGACAGACCCAUUCCAAAACUCCACAACUAAUAAAGACGACUAUGAUCAGAAAGAAGUUAGAUAUUUCUUAUUUUGAACGUAGUCAAAAGCGUCUCAAAAAGCGUCUCAAAGCGAGACCUUUCUGAGAUUUUUAUGCUUUUCUAAGAACUUUCACAAAAUGUCCUGAACUCAGAACAGACUAUAUAAAUUUACCGUUUCAUUACUCUCGAGCGGCUGUCAUCCGCCGAGAACCAAAGUCCUCACCUUCGGGCGAAUUCUUUGAUGCGACCACCCAACGAACAGACUUCAAUCUGAAGCAGGUAACUUUAUUAGGUUUAAAUCGAAACUUUUUCCAAGCUUGAAAUUUUAGGGAGGUCGGCAGAACGUAGUUCGACCGAUUCAAUCAAAUUUACUCAGCGACGGACCAUUUUCAGGAACGACCACUAACAAAGCUGAUUUUGAGGCGAAAGAGGUAGUUUUUGGCAUAUUUUGAACUAGAAGCGAUACAAUCAAUCAAAAUCAAAAUGUUUUAUUUCUCACAUACAAGUACUGAAAUUCACGUAGGGAGAAUAUGGGAAAAUAUGUGUUCGGAAAUUCCGUACUUGAAAUUUAAAAAUCAAGAUCGAAAUUUUUCAGGGAUUUCUUGAAAAAAAAAGUUCGAUGGCUUCUGAGUCGACCACUUUUUUGUGCCAGCGCUACUUCCUUGAACUUGCCAAUGAUUAACUGAUUCUCCUUUUUCUUGCAGUACCUGAGAAAUCCUGCGAUACGGCGAGAAGCUUCAUCUCUACCGUCCGGCGAGUUCUUCGACACAACUACCAAUCGCGUCGAUUUCAAUCAUAAAACGGUUGAAAAAAAUAAGCUUCGUUUCUAGAUUUCACUUUCAAACGUAGGGUUCUCGACCACAGGCUGUUCGACCGCUCUCCUCGUCCUUGCUGCUCGAUGGGAAUUUCGCUCAGUCCACAACCACACAUGACGACUUCAUCGCUAAACCUGCAACCAAGUUUCUUACUUACAUGUGACCAAAAUCCAACAAAAUCAUAACGCCAGAACAAUCUCGGUGAAGCCGGCAAAUGUUUCUUUUAUGAGCGACGAGCCAUUCGACGCCACUUCCACCUACCACGACGGUUUCGGUAGAAAAUAUGGUGAAAAAAUGAAAAAUAUCGAAACGUGGAACUUUCUGGCUUAGGAGAACGUCCCGAGAUUGCACGACCACACGAUGAGUGGCUCAACGCAUCCGGAGAAUUCCUUGGACAAUCGACUCAGAGAAGCGACUUCACACAGAAGCACGUCAACAUUUGUCCGGCCGAAAAAGUCCUCACAAGAAGGUUUUUUCAUUUCUUGAACUUUCUGUUACUUUCCAAAUUCACCUUGAUGAUACGAUUAAUCCUAGGGACCGUUCCUACAAAUUUCAUCAUUCGAUAAACGGCCAUAAGUUCUAUCAACACCGAGUUACGCAUGGAGAUCGGCAACCAGAUCGACUUGUUCCUGUUGCUUAAACUCGUCGAAAUUUAUUUCAAUCUAGGUCAUUACAACUUUUGAAAAGGAAAAAUAAAAAUGGAAAAUUUUCAAGACAGAAGAGCAACCCUUUUCGAAAACUGUACAACUAUUAUUAUACAAACGGUUUGACCUCCCUUCUUUUCACAAUGAAAAUAAACACAGCAGUAUUGCGGUACUUUAGGUGAAACUGAUAACAAAGCGGAGUAAUAACAAAAAACAUUGAGGUGUCCAUUUGUACAUUUGAACGUUUCAAGACAAGUUCUCUGUCUUUGAAAACUACUUCUAUUGAAGGCACUGGCGCCGACGGACGGCUUUCUGGAAAGCUUUUCCGUUCCAGGUCUAGUUUCUCACUUGCUCGAAACUUUAAGGGCUCUGCAAACAUACUCACCUGUUUGAUAACCCCGCAAGAUAAUUUUUGGUUUGCUUUCUGUACUUUUUCUAAGUCGUCUAGACAAAAAAAACUUUUAUUGAGCUUUUUAUUUAUUUAUUUGUGUUUUUUCCUUCGACAUGCGAAAAAAAAAUUCAUCUAUGAAACGUCUAUUUUACUAUGUUCGACGAGCUAUUUCGUCCUGCUCUUUCAUUCUUUGCUUUUUAAGAAUUCCUUCAACUCUCAUUUUCAAACGAACGAUUUUACGCCGUGUUAAAAUUAAUUUCGCACAACGAAAAAUAACAUGCCGCAAAAUUACUUUGGAAACGGCAAAAAAAUUGAAAGGAAAAAAGUAGUUCGAGGUGAGAACAAUGAAUAACAGGAUUGCAAUCUACCGAGGAGUGUUCGAAAUUUAAUAUUUGAUUUCUGCGUGUGCGAGGUAAAUAAAAACUCAACUAUCAGGGUAGCUGCCGCUCAUUCCGUCAGUCAUAAAGCGGGAGGAGCGGCGGACCGGUUGGCAGCUGGAGUUGGUCCAUUGUGUCGCCACCUCAGACUCACUUUCUCAAAACUUUCCCUCCUUCCAUAAUACCUUCGCAUUGACUCUCAUUAUUCAAGCUUUUCCUUUUAAUUUGCCAUAAAGCCAGCCAAUAAUGCCAGGAUCCUUCUUUGGAAUAUUCACUGGUCCUCCGAGUUUGGUGAUGAGCUUCUCUUCGAAAUUCGUGCAGAAAGUAGAGCCUACAGUGGCAUUCUUUCUACACAGACUUCGCACUCAGAAUCCGCAUCAUUUUUGAGAUUAUUUUCAAGUUUUCCUACAGAAAGCUAUCUUAGACACUGUUUCUGCUCGACGAUUUCUGUUAAGACACGAUCCUAAAAGCUUCAUUUUUCGACACCACAUAUAAUGUUGACUCAAAGAGGGCCGCAAAAGUGGUAUCCUUUACUUUACCGCCCACUUACAACUUAACAUCAGGCCUGAGCAUUUCGACAAGUGGACGAGUAAAUACGGCCUCCGCAGUCUUUUCCGCUUCUGUAUUUUCAAUUUUCUUCCGCACGUAUUCUUCUUUCCUUUUUCUUGCAGCCGCCGCCUUCGGGCCCACGAGUGGACGUGUGGCAUAACUCGUUUCCGCCUCCUCUUCGACGCUUCGCCUGUCCUAUCGAUUCUGCCCAACUUCUUCUCCUCCUUGAUCGCCAGUUUCCCUUUUCUUUUUGUUUUGUUUUCUAGAGAUAUCCAUUGGGAUCGGUUUUUGGUCGUUCAUAUUCAUUCGAUUUCACUUCCGCCUGCUUGAUUCAACUUCGAAAUUUACGUUUGACUGAUUUUUGAUAUGUUUCUUCGAAACUUGAUCAUUCCUCGAUAUACUAAGCUGUUAUUAUAAAAUCGAUUCUUCUUCUGCCUUUUCGAUCAAAAUUUUAAAUACCAGUUUUCCCGAACUAAUGAUUCAAAGUUCUCUUCUUUUGACUAUCUAUUUCGAAAUUUUUCAUUAUUUAAUCCAUUAUUAUUGAAAAUCAAAGGUCUAUUCGAAGUCAGAGAAAACCAUUUUUGUUGUUGCUUUUUUCGAUCUUUUUUCAUCACUCUCCUUUUUUGUCAACCUUUCAACUCAGUUUGUUGAAAGAAAAACCUGCUAUUGUUUGCUUGAGUCAUUAGGCUUUAAUUUAAAGAUUUCAGUACUCGAACAUUUUAUUUUUCUUAUGCGGGUGAAACUUUCAAAUACAUAACCUUAUUUUUUUCCUUAUAAUUUUUUUCAACUCGAGAUUUUUUUAAAAAUUUUUUUCUCAAUAGCAAGAUAGCCGUUUUUUUGCUGCUUUUGUCUUUUUUUCAGAGUUAUUUUUUUAUUUGGAAGUUUUCACAUUUUUGAAUUGAAAAAGAAACUAUUUUUUUCACAUGUUCUAUAUUUUGACAGUUUGAUGGAAUUUCAAAAAUUGUAAAAACAAAAGCUCAUUGUUGAAAAAAAAAAAUAAACAUGUAGAAGAGUGUCGAAAAUGUGAAAUGAGGAAGGUUGAAUAUUGCGGAAAAACUGAGAAUUUCAUUUUUUUUUUCCAGCCAUUGAGAUCAAAUGAUUGAACUCAUAGCGCCCUUUUCAGUGGCUGCUCUCUGUUUGCUUUUUCGAUAACAAAUUGUUUCUGGUUAUUCAAAAACCUUUUUUGUCUAUAUUUAUCAAUUAUCCCGUCUUACCCGAAGAAAACAAUGUUCAUUGGGACUCAUUAUAGUUUCCUCAAUUUGUUCUUAUCUACCUUCAUUCCUUGCGGCUCUUCUAACUAAUUUGCUGAUAAUUUAAUCUCGUUAAUUAGCUACAAAGCCCAUAUGCUAAGCUUGUGUCAAACUUUUUUUUCUGAAUUCUGGCAAUUAAAGAAAAAAAGGGGUGGUCGACGAGUGGUCGUCGAGCAGCCCGUCAAACGAGAGCGAGUGACGUCGGCACUGCUGCUGCGCGGCAACGGCGGACCAAGGCCGAACCCAGGCCGACGGUGUAAACUGAGGGUGUUCGCUGCGCCUCGCCGUCUACGCCAGACGUCUUUUGAAAUGAAUUCUUCCAAAUUUAGAUCUCAUCGUAGUUUUACAAGCCAUCUCAUCACAGUCAUAAAAAAUUUCUACAAAUGUAUCCGAUAAAUUUUCAUUUUGCGACCAUGUAAUGAUGAAAACAUAAAAAAAAGUUCUAGGUUCCUAUUUUUCUGAUUUUUUGAAUCAAUUGCAGCCAUAUUCAAUGUGAAAAUUGCGUCAAAAAUAUCCCAAAUUUGUGAAUGCAAGUGAAAAACUUACUGGAUCAAAAAUAUAAAUGAAAAUCGUUUCUUCUUUUCUUUUUAGUGAUCUACGAAAUUUUUUAGUUAAACAUUUCUUUCAAAUUGUUUCUCGAAAAAAACAAUAACUCCAUUUUUUUGGAACAGUUUAAGGAUGAAGCUUCGAUUAGAUAUGAUCUAUUUGAUAUCUCAAUCUGACGUUUCGCUUCCCAGACUCCGUUGUUUUUUUUUCCAAAUGAAAGAGAAAUUACUGGUUUCUCCACACAUCUUCAUUGCUACAUUUGUUUUCAACGACGUAACCAUGAUAUCAUUCGCCGUUCAAAAUUUUUCCCAGAAUGGCUUUUGUAUUGCUUUGUGAAAAAUUUGAAUUAAAACAAAAAAGAGGAAGUUUUUACAUAUGUAUUAUUUGCAAAAACCUCAUGAGGGUUCUGUGACGUUAUUGCGCGACCUCAUCUUCUGAGAUCGUAUCGAGGCUCAUCCAACCCGUAUAUGAAUCUUCGAUUUUGAUUCAUUUUCCUCUUGGAAUCCUGCUUUUUGUCCAAAUCUAUCUUCGUUCGUCAUCUUUCACAUAAAACAUAUGGAAAAAAGCGGUUGUUUUAGACUCGCGAUGAGCACGUUUGGCCGUUGGUCGGCCUAUGGGGCUGUCGGCAGGACCAUACGCUUCUCUUUUCUCUUCUUCUCGUUUUUGUCAAUUGUGAGUCUUGGCGCACGAUGACUCCGAAACUUCGAUUAUAUUCCAGAUGUUCUCAAUAUCUUGUGUUUGUUACGGCAGUUGGCUAUUAGCGAGGCGGUCACAGUACGCAGAGCUUCUGGCGCCGUCUUUGUACGUCGACGUAGCCCGGAUCCUUGUCGUCAUUUCCAUUCUUUGUAUAAUUAACCAUGCCAUCUCCAUGUAUUCUCUUUGCAAAGAGUUACGGUGUGGGGUCUACUCGGUGAGUCAACCCUUUUCCAUUCUACCAAAAAAAAGUUCCAAUGAUCCAGAAAGACAGCUUCAAAACUCUAAAAGCUAUGAGAUAAUGUAAUCCUAGGGCCACUACUAUACAUUUUCGCAAUAAUCAAGAAAUUUACAGUGUGCGAUCGCCUCGUUGGUUAUUUUUACUAUGCUCUUCAUUGGCGGCAUCAUGGGUUUUGUAUUCAGAUAUCAGGUUUUCCGACCUUCUGACUUUGAUUUGAUUCUUUUCCAGUUGGUAAACAACAUCCCACUGAAUCUCAAGAUGCUCACGUCCCUGCGCGAGCUGUACGGUACGACACAAAUGGAGGCGAUCACAGAGUCUUGGGAUCAUUUGCAAUCUAACGUUCGUUCUUAAUUGUAUUUUUCGAUACCAAUCUUCUGCUCAGUUUAAAUGUUGUGGCGUCAACGGAACGGACGACGCACACGUUUGGCGAACCUCCAAAUGGUACAUGCAUCAAAAAGUUCCGAAAAGGAUCCUUCCGGCUUCUUGGUGGGUAUUAUUAAAGAGAUCUUAUCCGAAAAAAUUGAAAAAACAAUUGAGAAAGUGGCAGUGAAAUUUUGGUCCUAGGAUUUCUCCUAAAAGCUUGAAAAUUUUCUCACGUGGAAAUAAAAAUGAAAAACCUUGAUUAAUUCUAAUAAAAAUUUGUAAUAUAUUAAAGCCGAUCCACGGAUGACUCAAGCUUGGAGUUUCCCAAGUUUCGCACCAGAGUGCAAAAAAGCAGAAUGCCGCGUGCGCCUUCCUUGCUGAGACCGUCAUUCAAAUCAGUCAGAACGCUCUCCGUACGCUUAAAAACACCACACGUGCGAUUUUUCGAAUAGGCGACAUUUCCAGUAGCUUAUUUAAGAAAACUGUAGUAAAACUUGAAAACAACGCAAAAUAAUGCGUAAUAAUCGUAUUUGGCCAAACUGAAAUUUUGAAAGAAAAAGAGAUUUUAUGGGUUCAGUUUUUUAAAUGAAAGAUGAAAGUCAAUUUUUCGGUCUCAAGAGAAAAAUAAAUGUGCAUCGGCUAAAGCUUUAGAAUUUCAAAAACUUGAAAAAAAGAGAAAUGAAAAUUUUGCAAAAAAGACUUCUUUAACCAUCCAACUAAUUUUCCCAAGAAUAAUUCUCAAUCUGAACUCAAUAACUGACACGGACUUUGUGAAAAACGUUAAGGACCACAUUCAAAAAAAAAACUUGAGAAAAUAAAUGCAAGUUUUCUGACUCCAAAAAUGAUCCCGAGAAAAUUUGGUAUUUUUCCUGGAAAGUCUUCGGCGGCCCUGAAAUUAGGUCUGGCCAUGUAUGAAGAAAUCCUUCGAAAGCUUCGAGCUUCUUGUGCACAAAACUAAAGAGUGCAGGUCCAGGACAGAGUAUUUGCCUGGUACCUCAACAUUCGAACCCCAGCAAGAUUUUUUCAAGAGAGAUAUGUUUGUUAUCAUCUAACAAUUUCAGUUGCCUACAAGAAUAUUUAUCGGAAUGUCUAACUGACCCGUUUGGAACCAGCGAAGUCGUCUACCACACCAAGACAUGCUACGAACUUCUGCAGGCGGACCUCCUGCAUGUCGUCGGCGUCGCUGCCUGGCUCUCCAUUGUCAAUAGUUUUGCUCAGGUACCUCAAUCUUUCAAAUCUUCUCCAGUAAAAUUCUUAACGGUAAUCUGGGAAUCUAGCUAGAAAGAAGUGAGCCGCCAAGAAGUCCCUCAGGCUCGAAAAUUGAAUUUGGUUUAAUUUUAAAAGCUUGGUUUCAGACAUAUGUGGGCAAGUUAGGAACUUAAUGAGUCCGGGAACAGUUGUCCUACGAAAAAAAGAUGAAUAAAGUAAACUUUUAUUCUCAGGGAGGUAGUGUUGACAAAAUUAGAGGGAGCUUUGAACUCAGUCAGGUAUUACGAACUUCAAUUUAGGAAGGCUCAGGAGUAGGUGAUGGCAGCCUUUUAAAAAGGUGCCCAUGUAUGAAUUUAGAUACCCAACUUAUCCUAUUUAGAAAAAAACUGGCCAAUUUUCAGGCGGUUCCUGCGGUUGCAAGCUGUUGGUACGCGCGGCUCAUUCGUAAAUAA